UGCGUCACUGCUGUCAAGAGUACUUCCGGUUUCGGUAUUUCACGUGGUAUUGGUGGUUUUGAAUGAAUGAAAUGUGAUUUCCUCGCAACAUCUCUUCGUUAAACAUUGUUUACUUGACACAAUGAGCGCCCAGGGAGAACCAACUUCAGCAAGCGAAGCUGUAUUUAAGAAAUCUGGUGAUCUUCCUGUCGAGGAACGGAUCGUAGUUGAGGGAUAUGAUUUCAAUGGAGGAAUCAACUACGAGAAAAUCCUUGGAAGCUACAUACGGACCGGCUUUCAAGCUACGCACUUCGGUCGAGCGGUACAUGAAAUAAACUCCAUGCUUGAAAGCCGAAAGAUACCUCUCACAGAGGAUCAGCGUGAUGUUUACGAAACCGAUGAAUUCGUCCGCAGGAAAUAUGGGUGCACGAUCUUCUUAGGAUACACGUCCAACAUGGCUUCUGCAGGAAUUCGAGACAUCAUCAGGUUCCUCGUUGAAAACAAACUGGUUGACUGUGUAGUGACAACAGCGGGUGGUGUUGAGGAAGAUCUCAUCAAAUGCAUGGCACCAACCUUUGUGGGCGACUUCAGCUUAAAGGGCAGUUUGCUUCGUGACCUCGCCAUUAAUCGAAUUGGCAAUCUCCUUGCCCCGAAUGACAACUACUGUCAUUUCGAGGACUGGUUCAUCCCAGUCCUGAAUGAAAUGCUCGACGAGCAGAAACAUCAGAACAAAAUCUGGUCACCGUCAGCGAUGAUCGAGCGAUUUGGGAUCAAAAUAAACGACCCUCGCUCCAUAUGCUAUUGGGCCGCCAAAAACAAGAUACCCAUUUUCUGCCCGGCUCUGACGGAUGGCUCGAUGGGAGACAUGAUCUACUUCCAUUCGUUCCGCAACCCAGGCCUGAUCGUCGACAUAGCGCAAGACAUACGCAGGGUCAAUACCAUGGCGGUGAAAGCCGUCAAGUCCGGAGUGGUGAUCAUUGGCGGUGGGGUUGUGAAGCAUCACGUGUGCAACGCCAACUUGAUGCGGAACGGAGCAGAUUACGCUGUGUACAUCAACACGGGGAGCGAAUACGACGGAAGCGACUCUGGGGCUUCGCCGGACGAGGCGGUCUCGUGGGGAAAGAUCCGUCGUGAGGCGAAGCCCGUCAAAGUAACAGCCGACGCAACUUUAGUAUUCCCCCUCCUUGUGGCGCAGACUUUUGCAAAGUACCACAACGAUGUGGUGCGAAGUAAUAGCGAAGGGUAGGGCGACGUUGGGGGAAUGUUUUUUUGUCUCGGGUGUACCUCUGAUGGUGCACUGAACUAUGAUAGCGUCAAAAUAUAUAAAGCAGUCUCAGAUUAUAACUUGAAACUCGA